AUGUCACAGAACUCUUUUAUUCCACCGUGGUGUUCAGGAAGAGUUUCCGAAAGGCGAAAACCACGAAAACUUUCGCACCGUGAAUUGAAAUCGUUCCGUCCGCUGUGGGAAAAUAUUACGAAACACGAGACCGAGGAUAGAAGACAUCAAGGGGUGAAAGAGAGAAAUAUCCAAAGAGAAAAAUUGAAAGUCUUUAUACUUUUACUCUUCAUAGCGGGAUCUGGCUGUUACAUUAUCCGUGAGAGAAUUCCAACAUCGGAGAUCGAAAAACUGCUGACGCAAACAAAGUUGGCGUGGACUAACAGGAAUGCAAUCGGAAGCUACAUUGCCGGCGCGCGGGCCGUAAAAGGUAGCACCACAUCAGAAUGGGGUGGGCGACUUGGCCUGUGGGGUAUAAUCCCUCUGUGGCGCGCCUCUCCGCCGCCCGAGACAAUACUGGCUUUGAGGCAACCCACGCCGUCUGAUUGCUGGCCUUUUAGUGGCUCAUCUGGAGAGCUAAUAAUACACGUACCGCACUCAAUUCAAGUGGAUAACAUAAGCCUGGAACAUAUUAGACCAGACACCGCCCGAAGUGCACCGAAGGACUUCGUAGUUUACGGUAUCCUAGAGAAUGGUACAUGGACAAAAGCGACAGACGGAACAUACCGGCAUAAUAAGCCAGCGAAACAAUACUUUUCAUUAGACAACUGUAGCGCUCCCUUAAAAAGCAUUGUUUUCCAAGUUUUGUCCAACUACGGCAAUCCGAAAUAUACUUGUGUAUACAGAGUACACCUUUACAGUAGGCAUAUUGACGGAUAG